CUGAGUGAGGUCAGUAGAUACAGUAACCAAGAACUUGUUCACUUGCUUGCCCCAAAUAAUAAUCAAAAACAACCUGAAGAAAUGGCUUAUGCUCAUAAUCUAAUAAACUCAUGUGGUAGCAUCCACCAAAAGUAUGAAUUUUCGCUGCUUUCGUACCCAAAUUUCUCAAAUGUUCCUGUGCUGGCUAGCUAGCCAUAUCCAUGAGAUUGCUUCUUUCACAUAAAAUAAGUAGCCAAGAAUGGAUAAUGGCCAAUAGAACCGAAUGAGAGGGGAUUUUGAGUAGAGAUUUCAGCGUUUGGUAGAAAUUUGGAGAGGAAAAUUAUGCCUAAAAUGGAAAUUAGUGCGGUUUACAGUAAGCUAGAAGGUCUAGGAGAGAUGAGGAAGGUUAGAUUAUGCUAGGUUCGGAUAAUUUGGAGAAUUUAAUCCGGAAUUGUUGGUACUUUUAUUUCUUCUAGUAUGCCUGUGAUUUAUUGUACGGAAAAUUUUAUGGAAGGAAAGCUGAAAGAUGAGGUCACAGGCUUGGGUUUGAUUGAAUUAUUCUUAGCUAAUAUGAAGAAGAGAAUGAAUGUUCAGUAUCUUAAAAUCCGGUAAUGAUCAUUGUCGACACAUUCCUAAAUAUUUACAUAUGUCGGUGAAUUGAGACUAAUGUAACUUUAGAACCUAUAGCCAUGGCUAUUGACUCUACUGACAAAUUGUCUUAAUUAAAACCUCUUAAUAGCGGUGGGGUUUCUUGGACAAAGCUCAGCGAUGAUUAUUAAAAAUAUAUGGUUUAUCCUGAAAUUUCUAGAAAAGCUCCAAUUUAACAGUCGGUUAGUUUAGAAGAUAUUAGUUAGAAAUUAGUUAUUGAAUAAUUGGUGUAAGAGUCAGAGAGUUAGUCCUCAGCCUCUGUGCUGAUAUCUGACGCCUUUCUUUCACAUCUGAUAACCUUAGCCUUCGUGGUCAUUGGAAUGUAGGUCACUUUAAAAUCAGCCUUUUGAGAUACUUCUUCUUUGGCUAUAGAUCUCAAAAUGUUCCUAAUUCCAGAAAUUUUGGUCGAUCUCUUUGCUAUCAUAAUAUUUUCCAUUUCUAUUA